AGUGCUCGUCCACCAUACGAAAUCAGCUGAGUUCAGGAUUUCAGUCAUCAACCUCAACCAACAGCGCUGAGGGAUGAAGGAGACUCUUUCUUGUUUUGAAACCUCCGUGUUCGUACGACUGUUCAUCGUUAGGAGAUCUCUUUCAUACAUUAUUUUUAUGGCUUCUGUACAUAUUCACGCACUGGGAACUGGAGACAUCUAGCAACAACAGAAACUGAUUGUCAGGGAAAAGCGAAGAUUCCGCCAAAAUAGACCGUUUUGUCUGACCCAUGGCCGUAUGCUGAGCAUGCUGGGACUGAAGUGAAGCGACAUGGACCCAGAGGAACAGGAGCUGCAGAAUGACUACCGCUACCGGAGCUAUGCGGCCGUCAUCGAGAAGGCACUCCGCAACUUCGAGUCCUCCAGCGAAUGGGCUGACCUCAUCUCCUCUCUAGGCAAGCUGAACAAGGCCCUCCAGAGUAAUCUGAAGUACUCCCUGCUGCCCAAAAGGCUUAUUAUCUGCAAGCGGUUGGCCCAGUGUCUGCACCCAGCCCUUCCCAGCGGAGUCCACCUGAAGGCCCUGGAGACAUAUGAGGUCAUAUUCAAAAUCAUUGGCACCAAAUGGCUGGCCAAAGACCUCUUCAUAUACAGCUCUGGCCUGUUCCCCUUGUUGGGCCAUGCUGCCAUGUCUGUGAAGCCUGUGCUGUUGACAUUGUAUGAGAGGUACUACCUUCCUCUGCAGCGUGCCUUGCUGCCUAGUCUACAGGCCUUUGUCACCGGGCUGCUGCCAGGCCUGGAGGAGGGCCUGGAGGUCUACGACAGGACAGAUGCCUUGCUGGUGAAGCUGUCUCUGCUGGUGGGCCAGCAGGUGUUUUAUGGGGCACUGUGGGGCUCGGUCCUCAUCAGCCCCCUUGUGAGGCUUCCCGCCUCCCUCUUCAUCGUCUCACACUUCGAUAGGACAUGCUGCGGCAAGGAGCAGAGAUAUAUGCUGGGCUCUGACCACCGACUCGUGAUGAAGUCCAUCUGCCUGUCGCUGCAGGACUCCAACGUACUGGUGCAGAGGAACAUGCUUGAGAUCCUCCUUGUCUUCUUCCCUUUCUACUCCUUUCUAGAUCCGGCAGAGGGCAGCAUUCCUAUGACCCCUGAUGACAUGGUCAUCAUUGUGUCUGCAGCAUCCCUGACUCUCUUGAGAAGAGACAUGUCAUUAAACAGAAGACUAUAUGCCUGGCUCCUGGGUAUGGACAUCAAAGGUGGCAUGCUGGCACCCAAUCCCGUCAUGUCCACCACACUGGAGGACCACAUGGCAUUCUACUUUGACACAUACUCCAGAGGGCUGCUUGUGCAGGCCCUAAUUAACAUCCUGAAACAGAAGAAUGAAGAGAUGGACACAGAAAGUAUGAUAGCUUACCUCAGACCGUUCCGCGUCAUCAUCAGCCUGUUGGACAAAGCAGAAAUAGGUCCUCAGAUCACGGAUGAGCUGAUGCUGGAGGUGGUCAGAGCUUUCUAUAGGUACUGUAGGGAGGCAUUAGGAGAGGAUGCUGAGCUGAACUCCAGCUUCACGGGGAACCAGAUGACCAGUAAAAUCAAGGAGAACAGAACUGCAUCUGAGAUUAUUAAAACCGUGAACAUGCUAAUUAGCUCCAUGAGGUCAGACUACCUGUGGGAUUACAUGAUUAAGUGUUUCCAGUACGUUCUCAGCAGCAGGACAUCAGAGGACCCAGCAGCCACCAUGCUGAAGGACAGCAGUGAUCCACUCUCCAUCUCUGAGCUGGCCACACUCAUCAUCUUCCUCCUGGAUGUCAUCCCCCUGGAGUUGGAUUCUGAGAUCCAAACACAGUACCUGCCACAGAUGCUGGGCAGCAUGCUCAAGGCUCUGCGGGAUCACAUGACCGUGCUGAGCCUAUCGGAGCUGACUCAAGGUCUUCGAGCCUGCUUCAAGGUGCUCAGCAAGAUCCAGAUGCCUAUGGUGUACAUGGACAUGGAGGCAGAGCUCCAGACUCAAGGCAACAGAAACCCUGUGCAGAAUCAUACCAUGGUCUCCUUGAUGCAGGCUCGGAAGAGGGAGAGGCAGAUAGGGGAAGGGGCAGCAGUUGAUGAAGCCAAACAGGUUGAUGAAGAUGACAAAGAGGAAGAAGAGGGACCAGAGAUGAUGGAGCUCAAUGAGGAGGCAGAUCAUGGGGUGGGGACUGCAGAUGCAGCGCUCCCACCCCUGCGAUCUGAGGACAGUGGAUUGGGCCUCAGCGCCUCACCCUCUGAGCAGCACCUCCUCCUGGGUGGCAAGGAUGGGGGGUCAGAGGUGUGCCCUGAAAAGGAUGAAGUGUGGAGGAAGGGGGGCAGCGUGGAAGGGAUGACCCACUGCAUGCAGGACAUCCUGGCAGCUUUCAUCACCAGGUAUCUGCUGUAUCCAGUGGAGGAGGAGAAGAGGCAGGCAGACAAGGGGCAGUCGAGCCCCCCAGCAGCCUCCCCAGGAAAGAAGGCCUUGCUGGGCCAGAGGGGAAGCCGUGAGAUGGGGCAGAUAUCAAUACCGCAGUUUAAGGAGAAGCUGACAGAGUUCUUCACACCUGGGAAGCAGAGGCAGCAACAGCAGCUGGCUGAUGGCACCUGUUUUUCCCCAAUAGAGAGGAAGCAGAGCAGGGGGUCAGCAGGGCUGGAUUGGGGGGCAGGAUACAAACCCCGGGAUAGGGUGGAGAUUUCAGAGGCCUGCCGCCAGGCCUUCACUGCAGCAUGCCACCUGUUGUUGGAGUGCACCACUUUCCCUGUGUACCUGUCCGAGGAUGAGAUGGAAGCCCUGUACACCACGUUCCAGAGUACAGGCAAUGAUGAGGACACCCUCCCUCUGUGGUUGAGAUCCUUGAUGGUGUGCUGCCUGUCCAAAGACUACCACAUCCAGCAUGUGGCCAUGUCCUCCCUGCUGGAGCUUAUCAAUCACUCGCAGUCUCUGGCCCUGGUCAUAGAGGAUAAGAACCUCCGUUACAAGAGCUCAGAGAACAACCCCUUCUGUGGGCGGCUGCAAAUGGUCACUGUGCCUCCCAUAUACCCCAGAGUCCUGGCAGCCAUUGAGAAGAGCACCAACUUCUACCAGCAUGUGGCCCAGGUACUGUGGGGACAGCUAGAUACAGAACGGCGGGAACACCAUAUCUCCUGUGUGGAGCUCUUCUAUCGACUACAUUGCCUGGCACCUUCCCCUGCCAUCUGUGAGGACAUUAUUUGCCUAGCAUUACUGCACCGGGACAAGAUGGUCCGCCUGGAAGCCCUUCACAGGUUCUCAGUUCUGUGGCAUCUGACCCGAGAGAUCCAAAACAAUCGGACCAUGACGCUGAACCGUUCCUUUGACAGGUCUCUGUUCGUGGUUCUGGACAGCCUGAACAGCCCGGAUGGAUCCAUCAGUGCAGCUGGACAGAGCUGGCUGGUCCGGGCCUUCUCCCUUAAUGAUGUAGUCCGCAUCCUAGAACCAGUCCUGCUUCUCCUGCUCCACCCCAGGACCCAGCGUUCUUCCAUCCAGCACAUCAAACAGAACCUGACUGUGGGGAAGCUGAAGCUAUUGAGCUGCAAAGAGUUCACAUUUUCCCAUGAUUAUGGAAGGUCCAAUGAUGUCAUGUUAAGUGACAGCCUAUCAGAGGAGAGCCUGCUGAGCCGUGUGACCAUAGUGGACCGCGAGGCUCUGUGGGCAGAGGUGGAGCACAUUCCAGAGACAGUGAGGGUGAUACCACAGGGUGAUGCCCCUGAGAAUGGCAGGAGUAGGAGCAAGGACACAGAUGGGGAGGAGGAUGGUGAGGGGAGGCAGGAAGAGGAAGAGGGAGAGGACAGCGAGCACACGGAGUCGGCUGAUACCAGUGGUGCGCAGCUCUCCACUGAAAACUCCAGCUCAGGCUCCGCCCCUUACCUGCAGCACCCCUACUAUGACAGCAGCAUGGAAAAGGCCAUCCCCAAUGGGCUCCAGCGGAAUGACUCAGACCAGACGCAGGUCUCAGAUUCUCUGUCGAGCGAUGAGGAUGACCUGGAGCUGGAGGCCCUUGCACGUUCGCGCCUCCUGAAGCAGCAACAAGAGAAGCGGGAGGCCAUCGAUUCACUCUUCAGGCACAUGCUGCUAUAUCUGCAGCCCUACGACUCCACACGUGUGCUCUAUGCCUUCUCUGUGCUGGAGACCCUCCUCAAGACCAAUGGCCGCCACUUCGUGGAAGCCAUCUCCACCACUGGCAUGGACACCAGCUCCACUGCCCACCUCAACCUCAUCUACAACCUCCUGCAGCGACACCGCGAGGCUCUGGAGGGCCGCAGCUUCUAUGGCCGCCUGCAGGCACAGUCACCCUCACCCUGCCCAUUCUCCCUGCUGGCGGAGCUGCUCACCUGCCUCUGUCUCCGCUUCCUGCGGUCUUACUACCCCUGCUACCUCAGCCUGGGUCCAUGGGACCUGCCUGGGAACCGUGAGGUCCAGGUGAAGAGCGUGGAGGUGCUGACCCACCUUAUGAGCCAGCUGGUCUGCCUGACUGGGGUCCAGGAUGGCCGGAACGUGGACUUCAUCCGUCACCUGCUCUCUGGGUGUGAGGUGCAGCGGUACAUCUUGCUGUCAUUGUCGGCCUCCAUGUACAUUAGCCAGAGACCAGUGGAGUCCAGAGGAGAUAGGGGUGAGCAGCUCCUGGAGGAGCAGGGUGGGCUCUCUGAGGAGAGCCUAAUCAGCCUGGGGCAGGGCCCAGUGUGGAGUGAACAGCCCCUACAGAUGGAGCUGUUGAAGCUGCUGCAGGUGUUGAUUGUGCUGGAACACCAUGUGUGGCCAGGCAGGGUCUCUGAGGGGCAAGACAUCCCUGCCACUUCCCCGCUGGCCAAAGAGUGGCAGACAGCCAUGCUCUUCCAGCAGUCCAUCCGUGCAUUGCAGUACGUGCAGGCUCAGCCAAUUCCCUCACAGGGCAUGUUUGUUUCGGCUGCCGCCCGCGCCCUGCAGCCUCAGUAUGGCUAUGCCAUGCACCCACCAUGGGUCUCUCUGAUCUGCGCCUCCCUGCCCUACCUGGGCCGCUCACUGGCCGUCACCGUCACCCCUUUCAUUGUCCAGAUCUGCAAGAACCUGGAUGACCUAGUCAAGCAUUAUGAGCAUGAGUCCGCCAAAAUCAGCCAGAGCUGGAGUCCAAAAAGGGAGAACAUUGCACCCGAUUACCCUCUUACUCUAAUGGAAGGCCUGACCACCAUCACUCACUACUGCCUGCUAGACAACAGGAAGUGUCCCAUGGUGCCUGACCUGGCAGAUAUACGUAACGCUCGUAAUGCCAUCCUCGAGGAGCUGCCACGAAUGCUGAACAGCAUGGCCCUGCUGUGGGGUGUGGUCCGGAGGGAGGAGACACAGAGGAAGAGCCCCAACUCUGCUCUUAGCUGCGGCAGGAACACCUCUACCUCCCUCUACUUCAAGAGCACCAAGAUCCUGAGGCAGAAGGUGUUGGGGUUCCUGAACCCUCUCAUGAUGCAGUUUGGAGUGCAGGUCAUGGCAUCGGUGGCAGCCGUGUGGAACAGCCGAAAGAGCAGGGGAAGCCACAACAAAAACAAGAUCUUUCCAGUGGCCAGUGAGUCCCGUCAGGCCAUUGUGGACCUGGUGAAGUCUCUGAGCACACUCCAUACUGACACCAUCCUGCAGCUGGUCAAAGAGGUGGUGAAGAAGCCCCACCAGAUCAAAGGAGACCAGAAGUCUACCUUGGUUGACAUUCCAAUGCUUCAGUUCAGCUUUGCCUUCAUGCAGGGUUUGUCUGCACAGACCCUCCAGGAGAAUGUCACUCCUCUUCUCAACCUCCUGAAAGAGUCAGUGCAGUUAAAUCUGGCUGCACCGGGUCAUUUCCUGCUCCUGGGAAUCCUUAAUGACUUUGUGAACAGGCUUCCCAAUCUAGAUAACAAGAAAGACACAAGAGACAUACAGGAGGUGACCCAGCGGAUCCUGGAGGCAGUUGGAAGUGUGGCAGGUUCCUCCCUGGAGCAGACUAGCUGGCUUAGUCGCAACCUGGAGGUUAAAGCCCAGCCACAGGUGUGUCUCGAGGAGGAGGAUCCAGAGGACAUGGACCUCUAUGACUCUGAUGUCCAGGCCAACACCAUGGUCUCCUCAUCUGCACCAUCUGUCUACAGUGUCCAGGCUCUCACUUUGCUGGCUGAGGUACUGGCUCCUCUCCUGGAUAUGGUGUACCGCAGUGAUGAGAAGGAGAAAGCAGUGCCACUCAUCUCACGCCUCAUGUACUAUGUCUUUCCUUACCUGAAAAAUCACAGCACCUACAAUAUGCCGAGCUUCUGUGCUGGUGCCCAGCUGCUUAGCAGUCUGAGUGGAUAUGCCUACACCAAGCGGGCCUGGAAGAAGGAAGCCUUUGAUCUGUACAUGGACCCCCUCUUCUUCCACAUGGACACCUCCUGUGCCCCCCACUGGCAGUCCAUCAUUGACCAUCUAUUGACCCAUGAAAAGACCAUGUUCAAAGACCUGAUGAGCAUGCAGAGCAGCUCCCUUAAGCUCUUUCCCAACUAUGAGCAGAAGGCCAUGCUGUUGAAGCGCCAGGCCUUUGCCAUGUUCAGUGGGGAGCGGGACCAGUACCACCUCUACCUGCCGCUCAUUCAAGAGCGUCUAACGGAGAACCUACGUGUAGGCCAGACUGCCUCUGUGGCGGCCCAGAUGUUCCUCACCUUCCGGGUGCUCCUGCUUCGUAUUUCACCCCAGCACCUCACCUCUUUGUGGCCCAUCAUGGUCACCGAACUGAUCCGUGUGUUUGUUAAACUGGAAAAGGCCUUGUUGGAGGAUAGAGACAUCUCAAAGAACCUCAGCAAGGGGGCUGGGGCACUGGGGGCCCAGGAGAGGAAUGGCCCAGUCUUCUUCUCCCAGAACGAACUGGACAUGUACCUUUCAGCCUGCAAGUUCCUGGACACUGCACUGUCCUUCCCCCCAGACAGGAUGCCACUGUUCCAGAUGUACCGCUGGGCGUUCGUCCCUGAGGUGGAUGUGGACAGUUAUAGUGGGUUGGGGAACAGCAUCAUGGAAGGAGAGCAGGACUGCAAACCCCACAUCAUCAGGGUAAUGGAGGGACUGCACUCCAAAUUUGGGGACCUGAAUGGUACAGGUGAAGGGGUCCACUCAGAGCAUCUGGAGUUCCCCCUGCUCACAUUGCCUUCCAUCUCCAGCAUCACCCAGCUGGUGCCCUUCUUCAGGGUCCUGGGCUGCUCCUUCAAGGGUUCUGGCAGCAACCCUCAGCCUCAGCUGGUUGCAGAGUACCCAGCUCCAAACAGUGACAUUGUCCUGAGAAAGCUAGAGCAGAUCAUCGGGGGGGAAUUCCUGGAGAGCAUGGAUGCAUAGAAUCUGGAACAAUGGAGCUUGGAACCCUGGGACAAUGCAGAAUGGACCUGAGUGUUCUGUAUGUGUGUGAAUACUAGCUAUUUCCCUAUAGAACUUCUGGUGAAGUGUCUUAUUUAUCAAUAGAGUCAUAAGCAAUUCUGUCCUACCUGGUCUUGUACAAUCAAACCAGGCCUUCUCUCAGAGACAACCAAUGUCCGUUGACUAUCUCAGUUUUUCAGUCAUACCCUAAAGCAUAUGAUGAAGAUCGGAUAAGGAAAGUGUGCAGAAAAUCACUUUCACUGAAGGAGGUUAACAGAAUGCCUGAUUAUCAACAUACCAUGUGCUCUACUGAUUGUAACCAUGCAGGCAGUCUAGGGGAGAAACAGCUGCAUACUGUUGCAUGUGAGACUAUCAGUUCUGCUCACCUCUUGCAGUAGACAUUGGCCUUCCUGCUGUGUCACCAGGGGUGUGUAUGACAGUGGAAACAAAGCUGGGAAACUCCUGUGCCUCAGGACCAUGCACACCUCUGUAGGUUUUAAGGCCAUCUGAAAAAAGCAGGACUGACACUCAGAAUAAUAAAUGUAGUUAGGGCAUCAGAGUUAGGAAUAGAAUAAAAUCAGUCAUCCAACAAACAGAGCUGACUGUUUUCAGUUAUGCUAUUUCUGGUCAAAGCAAGAUUCUGAAACAAUGUUCCUUAUUAACUCCAUAACUUAACCAGCUGCAAAGGUAGAGGAAGUUAGGACUACAGCAAUAAGGAUAUAUCUGUGUUUCCCCAACCAAGGCCAAAAAUCCUCUGACUUUAAAAUCUUACUUAGUGUAUCCAGUUGUUAUCCUUUGUUCUUUGUUCACUGGUAUUAGUGCUAUAAUGUUUUGGUAUAGGGAGGGUAAAUUAUUCUUGAUUAUUCAUGCUGCACUGGUUGGUAUGUACACCACAGUCAUAAAAAAUUGUGAAAAAAAGAAAAAUCCCUAAUUCUUCUUUAAAAAUGGCACCACAAAAUGUGAAUAUGAGACACUGCAAUUACAGUAUUCACUUUUUCCUCCUAUAGUAGAAUUUCUGAGCUUACAUGCCAAUGUGGAACAUACUCAAACUGUGAUAAGCCCUCAUGUUUAACAAAGGGUCUAGACUUCACUCUGAGGAUUUAUGGUUUAAUUUGUGCCACAUAAAG